CCAAGGACCGCUUUUAAACAACAUUCCACACUUUAGGGAGUUUCUAAGCACUAUAAAAUACUCAUGAUCAUGCACUUCUUCUGUUUCUCGUUUGGAAACACAAAGAUUCAAACCAAAAGCAACAAUGGCAACCUCCGGAACGACAUGGAAACUGGCCGAUCACCCGAAACUACCGAAAGGAAAGAUCAUCGCCGUCGUCGUCUUGGACGGUUGGGGUGAAGCUUCACCGGACAAAUACAAUUGCAUCCAUGUUGCCGAGACACCAAUGAUGGAUUCUUUAAAAAACAGCGCCCCUGAUCGGUGGAGAUUGGUGAAGGCUCAUGGUAAGGCCGUCGGGCUUCCGACUGAUGAUGACAUGGGGAACAGUGAAGUCGGGCAUAAUGCUCUUGGUGCCGGACGAAUUUUUGCACAAGGUGCAAAACUUGUUGAUAAUGCUCUUGCCACUGGAAAAAUUUACGAAGACGAAGGUUUCAAUUACAUCAAAGAAUCUUUCGCAAAUAACACCUUGCACCUUAUUGGAUUGAUGAGUGAUGGGGGCGUGCACUCGCGCCUUGAUCAGUUACAGUUGCUGCUCAAAGGUGCUAGUGAUCGUGGUGCCAAGAGGAUACGUGUUCAUGUACUUACUGAUGGCCGUGAUGUCGUGGAUGGGUCAAGUGUCGGCUUUGCAGAAACACUUGAAAAGGAUCUUGCAGAGCUACGUGGUAAAGGCAUUGAUGCGCAGGUUGCUUCGGGUGGAGGUCGCAUGUAUGUCACCAUGGACCGUUAUGAGAACGACUGGGAAGUUGUGAAACGCGGUUGGGACGCACAGGUACUCGGUGAAGCCCCACACAAAUUCACAAGUGUAGUUGAGGCUAUCCAGAAGCUGAGGGAAGCUCCUAAUACUAAUGACCAAUACUUACCACCAUUUGUGAUUGUUGACGAAAGCGGGAAGCCUGUUGGUCCCAUAAACGACGGUGAUGCUGUUGUCACGGUCAACUUCAGAGCGGAUCGCAUGACAAUGCUUGCACAAGCUCUCGAGUACGAGAAGUUUGAUAAAUUUGAUAGAGUGAGGUUCCCAAAAAUCCGCUAUGCGGGAAUGCUGCAGUAUGAUGGGGAGUUGAAGCUUCCAAAUCAUUACCUUGUCUCUCCUCCAUUGAUAGAGAGGACUUCUGGUGAAUAUCUAGUUAAUAACGGUAUUCGCACCUUUGCUUGCAGUGAAACAGUCAAAUUUGGCCAUGUUACAUUUUUCUGGAAUGGGAACCGAUCGGGAUAUUUUAAUUCGGAGUUAGAGAAAUACGUGGAAAUUCCAAGCGAUAGUGGAAUAACAUUUAAUGUCCAACCGAAGAUGAAGGCUUUGGAGAUUGGUGAGAAGGCCCGUGACGCCAUUCUCAGUCGCAAUUAUGACCAGGUAAGAGUGAACAUACCAAAUGGUGACAUGGUUGGGCAUACUGGUGACAUUGAGGCUACUGUUGUGGCCUGCAAGGCUGCUGAUCAGGCUGUUAAGAUGAUCCUUGAUGCAAUAGCGGAAGUUGGUGGAAUAUAUAUGGUGACCGCGGAUCAUGGUAAUGCAGAAGACAUGGUGAAGAGAGACAAGAAGGGGGAGCCUCUUGUUGGCAAGGAUGGCAAAGUUCAGAUCCAAACUUCUCACACUCUUCAACCGGUGCCUGUUGCAAUUGGAGGCCCCGGAUUAGCAGGAGGUGUGAAAUACCGCAAGGAUGUACCAAAUGGCGGACUAGCAAAUGUAGCUGCAACAGUGAUUAAUCUACAUGGGUUUGUGGCUCCUGAUGACUACGAGACAACGCUUAUCGAAGUUGUUGAUUAAGUCGGAUUUCGUGAUCAUAUGAUUUCAUCUCAUUGAUGAGGAUGAGUUCAGUUUAAAAAAGAACCACAUACUUUAGGAAUUUAAAUAAUUUGCAGUGGGAAAAUAAUACACAUUUUUUGUUUUAGA